AAUCAAACUAAACCAAUCAAUUGAAACCCUACUUUUGGAGCUUUUAAAAUGAGGGGAUACUCCUCUGAUUCUUAACACCGGUGAGCUUGUGACAUGACCACUUGUUAGCCAAAGUCAUUCGGGUUUGUCAAUAGUGGGUUCCAAUUAUUUAAAAUGGGGAGAAAGAACCUAUUGGUCUGAUGUAAGUAACACAAACGUAUGGAACCAAUGAGAGGGUAAAAAACAUCUUCAAUCCACGGGACAAGGGCAUCAUGGUCUUUUUACUCUCUCAUGCGUCCACCGUUGGCAACACCAGACUGGCAGACGUGGCAUUUUUUCUAAGAAUUGUGAGUGUGUGUGGUCACCAACUGAGAAGCUACCGAGCCACUGAAAAAGGUCACUCCCGCUGUCCGCAUGGCUCUCUCUACCUCAACUUCUUCCUCUCCACCUUCUUCUUCUUCUUCUUCUUCUCUCCUCAUCAGUUGUUCUUGGCUUCUUUCUAACACCAAAUGGCUCUCUUACAACCUUUCUACUCAGACAUUUCUCUUGGAAAACCACUGCCCCUCUCAGUUUUAUCUCACAACCCCACAAAUCCAGGAGGAGGAAGAAGAAGAACAGAGACAGUUAUUUUUCCUGUUACAGGAAAGUUGAAUCAAAUGAGGACUGGACUGAUGAAGUGUUCGGCAGUGGCAGAGGUUGGUGAGGGACUAUCGGAAGAAGAAGUUCUUCUAGGGUAUACUGUUGACGAGGAGAAGGGGGUAGGAGUGGUUGCGGAUUAUGAUUGGAGAGAAGAGUGGUAUCCUCUCUAUCUAUCCAAUGAAGUACCAGAUGAUGCUCCUUUGGGUCUCACUGUCUUCGACAUCCAAAUCGUAUUGUACCGAGAUGGGAAUGGAGUUCUUCAUUGCUAUCAAGAUCGUUGCCCUCAUAGAUUGGCAAAACUCUCUGAAGGUCAGUUGAUUGAUGGAAGACUGGAAUGCCUCUACCAUGGUUGGCAAUUUGAAGGUGAUGGUCGAUGUGUAAAGAUACCUCAGCUUCCAGCCGGGGCAAAAAUUCCUCGAUCUGCUUGUGUCAAAACAUACAAGGUGAGGGAAUCUCAAGGAGUUGUAUGGGUAUGGAUGUCAGACAAGAGCACUGAGAAGCCUGAAAAAGUGCCUUGGUUUGAACACUAUUCUCGGCCAGGAUUCCAAGAUUUCUCCACUGUCCAUGAGCUACCUUAUGAUCACUCAAUAGUACUUGAGAACCUAAUGGAUCCUGCCCAUAUCCCAAUCUCACAUGAUCGAACAGAUUGGACUGCAAAGAGAGAAGAUGCUCAACCCCUACUUUUCACAGUAACUGAACGUACUGCUCGGGGAUUUGCCGGCCAAUGGGGUAAGGAAAAGGAUCAAGCCAUGCUGAACUUCUUACGUUUUGAAGCACCGUGUGUUCUUCAGAACAACCGAGAGUUUGUUGACAAAGAUGGCGGGAAACAGUAUUUUUCCGCUCUCUUUCUUUGUCGACCAUCUGGACAAGGGAAAUCCAUGAUCAUUGUGAGGUUUGGAACAACUAAGAGGUCCUUCCUCGCAAAAUUACUUCCCAAGUGGUACUUCCAUAAGAAUGGAUGUAAGAUUUUUGAGCAAGAUAUGGGGUUCCUCUCAUCUCAAAAUGAGGUUCUUAUGAAGGAGAAGCUUCCAACAAAGGAGCUGUAUCUUAACCUAAAGUCCUCUGAUACAUGGGUUGCAGAAUACAGGAAGUGGAUGGAUAAGGUGGGUCAUGGGAUGCCUUACCACUUUGGCCAUAGCACAAUCUCACUGCCGAAAGAGCCUGCGGUGGUGGAAGAUGCACCAGCGGGACUGGUUGCUGGCAUCUCAUCUUCUUUACCAGCCAAAGGGGGAACAGGGACUAUGCAUGCUCCUAAUCCAAUCAACCGAUAUUUCCGUCACGUGAUCCAUUGCAAGGGAUGUAGAAGCGUAGUGCAAGCUUUCCAAGCUUGGAAGAAUGCCCUGUCUAUCAUGACUCUUGCUUCAGUUGUAUUGGCCAUUCUAGUGUCUGGAAGACAGUGGAAGGCCCUUUACUUGGUUUCAACAUCAUUUUUCUUGGCUGGAGUUUAUGUUUGCUCUGCUGCAAUUGCAAUGAACACGGAAAACUUCAUUAGGAAGCAUCGACUAUUGUGAGAGGAAGGGAUUCUUCUGUAAUUGUCUUUGUCUAUUUUCAGCAGUGCCACACAGAUACAAAGGGAGCUGGAAUUGAUGUUAUGAUACUGAGUCAGAUCUGCAAGCUGAGAAAGCAAUAUGGUCUCCUAAAUUCUUAGUAAUUGAAAUAUCCAGGGAGGCAUGAAGUCUGACUUUGAUAGUUGAUAGAAUCAAAUAUUUUGGCCCAUAUCAUCCCAAUUGUCAAUCAUUUACUUGAUAAUAAAACCAAACCAUGUCUUCCCAAA